AUGACAAGGUUGCCAUUCAAAGGCGACACAAGUACUUUUGGAAAUUCUCAGAAAAAUGCAUUAAGAAGAUUUUUAUCUAUGGAAAGAAGACUUGACUCCAAUAUUGAGUUAAAAUUGGAAUAUGUGAAAUUUAUGCAAGAUUAUGAAAAUCUCGGACAUAUGUCGAUGGUUAAGGAUUUGGAUUUAAAUUCUCCCCACUAUUUUAUCCCACAUCAUUAUGUAAUUAAACCAGAUAGCACAACUACUAAAUUACGUGUAGUGGGCCCUACAAUCCAAAAUGAACUUGUAAUAACAUUAUUAAGAUUUCGAUUAUAUCAAUAUGGAAUAACGGCUGACAUAACAAUAAUGUAUAGACAAUUUUGGCUACAUCGAAGUGAUCGCAAUUUUCAACUAAUUUUGUGGCGUGAGCAUAAAUCGCAAAAUAUUUCAGUUUAUCAACUGAAUACUGUUACAUAUGGUACGAGUUCUGCGCAAUUUCUUGCAACUAGGUGCUUACACUACAUUGCAGAUAACUAUCCUUACCGUAAAGAAACAGGUAAAAUGAUAUUAAAAAGGGAUUUUUAUGUCGAUGACAUGAUCUCAGGAGCAGAUGACUUGGAGACAUUGCAAGCCAUCAAAAAUGAAACUACCGAAAUAUUGGAUUUUUACAACUUAUCGUUAACAAAGUGGAAUAGUAACAAUGUUAACAUCACUGCACCAAAUGUUAAACUUACAGAUAUUGAGACUGCAAGAGAUAUGGCAUGCCCACUUGGAAUGUUAUGGAAUACGAAAGAAGACUAUUUUUGCUUCACUUUUCAAUCAACCAAUAUACCAGCAAGUCAUACUAAACGAAACAUUUUGUCAUUAGCAUCAUCUUUAUAUGAUCCUUUGG